AUGGAAGCUCAAUUAAAAGCUAUAAAAUAUGUUUAUUCAACAGUUUAUCAUGGUGAAGAAGAAUGUAUGAAGAAUGCUACUUUAUUACCUAUUAAUAAUGCAAUAGUAUAUCCAAACAAUAAAAUCUUAUAUAAAAAAUCGGAUAAUACAAUAGAUUUUAUCGAUAUUUCAAAUGUAGAUAAAAGUAUAUUUUUUGAUAAAGGUUCUAAUCAAGAUUCUGUUUAUGGUAAUGUUAUUGAAAGAUAUAAUUCAGCUAAAAGUCGAUUAACUUUCAAUCCCGAUGAAUAUCAAUGUGAAAUGGUUGAUAGUGGUAAUAAAUUUCUUUUAAAUUUAAUUAAUGAUAAAUUACCAACAAUAAUCGCAAUUUCUGAUAUUUAUCCAACAUAUUUUGAUCUUGGAUUAUCUUCAAAUGAUUCUAAUCAACAAUGUUUAGAUUAUAGUCAUAGAAAAGUUGAUGAUUUAAUACAUUCAGGUGAUAUUCAAAUAAAUAGUUCAACUGUUAGUUCAUUAUUACAUUGUAUAUCUGGUAAAUUUAAGAAUGGAAUGAAAUAUGUAACUAUUAUAUCUGGAUAUAACAAUACACCAUUAUAUCGAUAUAUUGAACGACGACCAAUUGUUACAAUAAUUGAUCAUGAAAAAAAAAUUAUUUAUGUUGUUUCUGUACCAUUAGAUGAAUUUACUAUUGGAAAAUCAACAAUAUGUAUACCUAUUGGUAUUACAUGUCUCGAUGUUCAAGAUAGUACAAAUCAAAAAUUAUUGAUUGAAAUUUUUUCCAAUACAAAAUCUUGUGAUAGUUAUUUACCAACUUUAUCACAGCCUGCUAAAGAUACAAUUAUUGAAUCAAUCAAUACGAUUAGUUCAGACAUACCAAUUGAAGAAUCAACAGAUGAAAGGAAAGAAAUAAUUCUUCCACAUUCAUCAAUAGUAGUCAAUCCUACUACAGCAUCUAACAUAUUACCACUAUCAAAUAUUUCAAUGGAUAAACAUUCUGUUUUAAUCUAUAGUGGUAUUGAUGAAAUUGAUUAUUUUACAAAGAAAAUCAAACCGGAUAUAUUAAUUCGAUCAAUGAAUACGUAUAUUGUACUUAAAAAAGAAGAUGAUAAAUAUAUUUUACAUUCUGAAUAUCAUAAUAUUGAUUCAAAUGAAGAAUUAAAUAUCGGUCAACAACAUUUUCCUAAUUUAUUACCAAUGGAAGGUGGUGCAAUACUUUUUGCAAGUAAAACUGUUCCAAAAUUAAAUUCAGAUCAACAUAAAAUUGAAAAUAUACGUGAAAAUAUUUUUCGGAAUACAAUUCCAAUAUUUCUUAUGGGUAGAAUGGAUGAUUUAUGUCGUAAAGUAUCAACGAAGUUAAAAAUUAAUGCGAUUUAUAUAUGUAUAGUUGAUUAUCCUGAUAAUGAUAUAAUGUUAGAUGAUAUAAAACGAAAUCAAUUUUUAGAAAAUACAUGUAUGAAUGGUGUUACAGCAUAUGCUGGGCCAUUAUCUCUUGUUAUUAUUGCUAUUAUGAAUCCAAUUACAAAUAAUUUUCAAUAUUUUUAUGUUGAUGGUAUACAAUAUGAGAAUUUUAUUGAUUCAAUACCAUUAUUUGGUACGGAUAUAACGGAAAUAAUUGAAAAUAAAUUAUUAAAUUAUAUUGAAAAUAAUACAUUUGAAAAUUCUAUUGUUGACAUUAAUCAAGAACAAGUUUUAUUUAAUAAGAAAUUAAUAUCAUUUACAAAUUUUAAAAAUCAAAUGAUGGAAAUGACAUUAGAUGAAAUUAUUGAUAAUAAAUUUAAAAUUCUUGAUGUUAUGUCUCAAUGUCAAAGAAUAUAUGAUAGUGUAAUAAUGGAUAAAUAUUCAAAUGAAUUAGUUUUAUUAUUAGAACAGAAAAUUAAUCAAAUUAUUAGUGAAUAUAAAAAAUCCUUUAUGAAUAAUCUUGAAUCAAAUAUGAAUAAUAAACAAAAAUUAUCGAAUGAAACAUCGAAAAUUAAAGGAUUAAUUAAAAUAUUAAAACGUAAUACACAAGAAUUAGUCGAUAAAAUUGGUUUAUCAAUAUCAAAACGAAAACAAUCAUCAAUUAAAUUUAAUUUAGCACAAUUGAAAAAAAAAGAGACAAUUAAACAAAAUGUUCAAAGAGUAUUAAAUAUGUCCUAUCAAGAUUUUACUGAUUUAUUAGAAAAAUUAUGUGAUGAAUCAGGUGUAUUAUGGUUAAAUUUAGAUUAUAAUAAUUUAAUUCAAAUGUUGAAAGCUGUAAAAGAUAAUGAAAUUGGUAAAUAUUUAACAGAACCCAUAUUACCACUUAUUAAUUGUCGAAAUGGUGAUUUCAAUAUUGAUUCAUUUACUAUAUCUAUAUUAUUGGAACAAAGUGCAUGUGAAAGAAUGGAUCCUAUAAGACCACAAAAAACCGAUGAAAUUGUAACGAGUUUACCAGUAUCAUCUACUUAUGAUGGUUUAAGAACAAGUUCAUGGUUUUUUCCAUUAAUUGAUAAAUAUAAAAAUUUACAAAUACCUUAUGAUUUAAAUUGGAUAACUGAAGCAAAUAAUAGUGAUAUAGCUGCAUUUCGUAUUAUAUCACGAGGUACAAUAUCCAAUGCUUCCGUAUUAAGAGAUUUACAAUUAAAUAUUCAACCACAAGAUAAAAAUAUAACAUGGUUUUUAAUCUAUAUUACAUUAGCAGCUAUUGAUGAAUUAGUUCAAAAACGAAAAAAUGAUAUUGAUAUCAAUAAUUUUAAUGAUACAUUUUGUAUUAAUAUUCGAUGUUUAUUAUGUAAUUUAUUAACAUAUGCUGCUUCCGGUAAUGUUCCUUGUUCAUUUGUCUGGCAAUUAUUUACUUAUAAUACACGUCCUGAUUUACCAAAAGAUGAUUUUGAAUGGGGUAUGUACGUUCAAAUUAUGAAAUAUGUUGAAUAUACUGCAUGGGAUUUAACAAUACUUAAAAAAAAUAUUCGAGCAUUAUUAUGUAAAACAUUAAAUAAAAUAAUUCUUAAAGCUACAGAAACAUUACGUGAAAAUAAAUCAAAAUCAAAAAAAAUCGAUCAAAAAGAAUAUUUAUAUAAAUUACAUAAAAUAUAUUAUCCUUAUUAUGAAAAAAUGGUUCGUUAUUGUAAACAUAUACGUGAUACAAAUGAACCAAUCGAACAAGAUAAAAUAAAUGAAAUCUUACAUGUCUUAAGUGAAUUUAAUAAUCGUCGAUAUUGUGUUGGUAGUAUUCAUCAAUUAUCAAUACAUUUAAAAAGGAAUUUUCAAAACAAAAAAUUUGUUGAUAAAUUACUUAAUUGUAUAUUAUAUAAAUGGGAUAAUUAUGAUAAAAAAUAUAAAUUAAAAUUAUCCGAAUUUAUUAAACAAACAUUUUUUAAUUCGCCGUCUGAACAAGAAAAAGAAUUAGAUAUUAAUUUAAUACAAAAUCAACUUAAUGAUUUUAAAUUAAAAUUAACUGAAGAACGACCUAAUGUGUUAUCUAUGAUUGAUAAAGAAAUUAAACCAAUUACAAAUUAUGAUGAAAUUCAAAAAUUAUUUACACUUAUUGAAACAAUUAUUGAGAAUAAUAAGAAAAAUUUAUCAGUAGAUGAAUUAAAAGAGAUUAGUGCAAGUCUUGAUGAUAUAUAUAAAAAUGAAAAUAAAUAUUGGCAACCAUUUAAUCCAUUUCCACAAUUUAUAAAAGAAAAUAAGAUUGAAAUUUAUUUUAAUAAAACUGAUGAAGUAAAAGAAGAAGACGAAGUUGAAGAUAGUCAACAUAUUGUAUUGUAUAAAAGUAUAUUUAAAGAACAUUAUUUUGGUAUUAUUGAACAAAUUACAAAAGAUUUGAAAUUAAAUUCUAUUAUUGAACGUACAACAUUUAAUUCAACAGAUGAAUUUAUUAUAUUAGCUAAAUUUGCUGGAUUUGGACAAACAUUUGAAGAAAUAUCUGAAACAGUUAAAAGCAUUCUUCAUUCAUUACUUAUCAAUUGGGAAAAAUCAGCAGACGUAGCCGAAGCUAUUGCACUUGAACGAUUUAUUUAA